AUGACUCCCCUCACGCAGGCAUUGACAAAGCGUCUCUCAACAUCGGGGACAGCUCCCUCGCGCCCCGAUCGUCGCUCGUUGAGCAGUAACUCCGCCAACGUCAGCAAAGGUCGUGGCGAGGGCGACUCCUCCCCAACCAGCUGGGCCAGGGACGCUCGUCAUGACACCGCCGACGUCCAGAACGAGCAGGAAACCAAGAUAUUGACACUCGAGUCCGAACUCGCGAGCCUACGCCGGCAACUGCGCGCGCGCCCAACCGAGGAAGAACUCGAGGAUAUGCGCAAGGAGUGGCAAACCAGCGAGGAUCUGUUCUCCCAGAGUCAAAAGGACAAUGAGCAGAAGCACGCCACUAUUGAGAUGAUGAGGCAAUACGUCAAGGCGCUGGAGACCAAACUGGAAGACACACUCGGGGCGGACUGGAGGGACUGCUGCGACUUUGCCCCGCCGCCGGCCAACUCGACAAUCACGUCACGAACUCCGCUCCCCAAACCCGCUCCCGCCCCGCGUUCUACGUCCAUGCAGCGCUCGUCUCGCACAUCUCGCGGUAUUUCGGCGUCUGACGUUGCCCGCUUGCGCGAGCUGGGUGUCUCCACCACCACCGCCGACAAGACGACGCCGUCCAGCGCACUGCGUAAACUCGAGGGAAAGCUGGACGGGAUCUACGAGUCCAACUCUGUGGCUGACGGCGGCCUGGAAUUCUCCACCUCCACAGCCUCGACCGUCGACUGCGCCAGUGUCGAGAUGCUCGUGUCGCCAUUACCUGCCGUCGCCUCGCCCCGGGUGGCGUCUGGGCCGUCUGGCCUCUCAGGUUUGCCCCGUUCAUCUGCGGCGGUGACCAACCUCAACUCGCCCCCCAUUCCCCCCGCCUUCACAUCGCCCUCUUUCCCAGGCUCACACCACGGUGCCGCCCAGGCCCAGAUCCUGGAACAAGUCGCUGCGCUGAUGGGUAUGGUGAAGGCUCUUCCUGGCACGGUAAACAAGCUCCAGGACAACGACCGGGCCGAAGAGCGCGAGAGGAUCGAGACGCAAAAGGCGGCAAUGCUUGACAUGCUCGACGCGGCGGAGAUGAGGGCGGACGCCAGAGAGAUGCGCCUGCAAGGGCUAUUGGCAGAGGCGAAGACAUGCAGUGGGCAGAUGGGUUGGUAG